AACACCAACACCAUCACCAUCACCCUUGCAAUAGCGACGACGACGACGACGACGACGACGACGGCGGCAAUUGCAAUCGAUCAACAGGAUCAUCCAAGCAAGCGUUCACUGAUCAACAGCGCUGGGCCUGUGCGCGACGUGACGCGGUAGCGACGACGACUCAACACCUCCCCGCUGUGCGGCCGAGCCACGAAACACGACUCUUGAUUCCACCCUCACGAAUAACGCGAUGUACAAACCACGCAAGAAGCCCUCCUUCUCCCUCCCCACAAACGGCCGACCAAACCUCUCCUCCUCGAGUCGGUACAGCAUAUCCCCCUCCCGCUUCGCACCCCGCACAUCCCGCCCUCCCCUCCUCCAACGACCAUACAUCCGAGUCCUUCUCUUACUAUGUCUACCAAUCAUCUUCUUCCUCGGCCUAUUCCGCCACGCAAUCUUCGAAUCAAGUCCAGCAUUCGGCUUCGAAUACCCCGAUACCGACUCCAUCUUCCACUACGAUUUGAAUUCGGUGGGAGGAACCGCACGAGGUUGGGAACGCGAGGAAAGGAUCCUGUUUUGUGUGCCGUUGAGGGAUGCAUCACAACACAUGCCCAUGUUCUUCUCGCACCUAAAUAACUUGACAUACCCCCACCAUCUCAUCGAUCUCGCAUUCCUCGUCUCGGAAUCAAAAGACAACACACUCGAGAACCUCAUCUCGAAUCUCGAAGCCGUACAAGCCGGCCCACAACCUUUUGGGCGCAUCCAAGUCCUCGAGAAAGAUUUCGGGCAAGUUGUGGGACAAUCAUUCUCCGACCGACAUGGCUUCGCGGCACAAGGACCUCGUCGUAAAGCGAUGGCGCGUGCGCGGAAUUGGUUACUCUCCGCCACGCUGCGUCCCGAACACUCCUGGGUCUACUGGCGCGACGCAGAUGUCGAGACAUGCCCACCCACGAUUCUGGAAGACUUGAUGCGGCACAACCGUGAUAUCAUCGUACCGAACGUGUGGAGACCCUUACCGGACUGGCUGGGUGGUGAACAACCAUACGAUCUCAACUCCUGGGCCGAGAGCGAGACUGCGCUUCAGCUGGCUGCAACGUUGGACGAGGAUGCCGUUAUCGUCGAAGGCUACGCCGAAUACGCAACAUGGCGCCCCCACCUCGCAUACCUCCGCGACCCCUACGGCGACCCCGAAAUGGAAAUGGAAAUGGACGGCGUAGGCGGCGUCUCAAUCCUCGCCCGCGCCCACGUCUUCCGGUCCGGCUGCCACUUCCCCGCCUUCUCCUUCCAAAAACACGCCGAAACAGAGGGAUUCGGCAAGAUGGCAAAGAGAAUGGGGUACGAUGUCAUCGGACUCCCGCAUUAUACGAUUUGGCACUUGUAUGAGCCUAGUGUGGAGGAUUUACAGCAUAUGGCUGAGAUGGAGGCUGAACGGCUCCGAAGAGAAAAGGAGGAGGCGGAGGCGGUACAGGCUGCGG